AUGGCGACUCUGCAGAAAUUCAAGCUCCUAGCCACUCAAUGCGCCGUCGCCGGAAGCCCUUCGCGGAGCCCUACAACGAGCCCCGUAAUUCACCUCCGCCGCCGCAAAACCCUGCGGAUGCUGCUCAGCCGCGCCGGCAGCGGGGGAGGCGCGGGCCGCCGACUCCCCCGACGCGAAGAAUCGCCGGAUCGGCGACGAAAUUCCAAUUCUCCGGAGAAGAACAAAGUGUUGGCGGUGAGCCACAAGCUCAAGGACCUAUUCGUCUCUUCGCCGCCGAUCGAGGAGAGGGCGACGGAGAAGGUCAGAGAGUCAGACGAAAGGCUUUUCCCGGGGAGCUCCGUCGCCAUCGCAGAUGUGGAGGUGCGGCGAGGUGGUCAGCGAUCGGUUAGACCGUUAUCGGCGACUUUACGGCAGCGAUUGCUGAGAAGGGCGUGGCGUCCUGUGCUAGUGACCAUACCCGAGCAGCCUUAG